AUGUUUCUUUAUGCAGUCGGUGGCUAUAAGCUCGGGAAGUUGCUCAUUGAAGGAAAGACAAAGCAAGUUUUCGAUCUUCCCGGAGAGCCGGGGCUCUGUCUUCUACUGAACAAGGACAGGAUCACUGCUGGAGAUGGCGUCAAGGCACACGAUAUGGAAGGCAAAGCCGCCAUAUCAAAUUUGACAAACGCCAAAGUUUUCGAAAUACUUAAAGCCGCUGGUAUCAAGACCGCUUUCGUAAAGCUUGCUUCAGAGACGGCGUUUGUAUCGAAGAAAUGCGAUAUGGUUCCCAUCGAGUGGGUCACCAGGAGGCUGGCGACUGGUUCCUUCCUGAAGCGAAACCCUGGUGUUCCCGAAGGUUUCAGGUUCACACCACCCAAGCAGGAAACCUUCUUCAAAGACGACGCCAACCACGACCCACAGUGGUCCGAGGAACAGAUCGUAUCUGCUAAUUUUAAAGUCAACGGUCUCGUUAUAGGUCAGGACGAGGUUGACUACAUGCGGAAGGUAACGAUCCUCGUGUUUGAAGUGUUGGAGAAGGCGUGGGCGUUACGUGACUGUGCACUUAUAGAUAUGAAAAUUGAGUUUGGAGUUGAUGCUGAUGGUAACAUUCUCUUGGCUGAUGUCAUUGACUCUGACUCCUGGAGACUCUGGCCGUCAGGUGACAAGAGACUGAUGGUAGACAAACAGGUAUACAGAAACCUAUCGAAUGUAACAGCCGCGGACUUGGACACAGUGAAGCGUAACUUCUCCUGGGUCAAGGACCAGCUCGACCACCUGAAGCCUUCCAUACAUCACAAGGUCGUCAUCUUCAUGGGCUCGCCGGCCGACCAGGAACAUUGUCAGAAGAUUGCUAAAGCCGCCCGUGAGUUCGGUCUGGACGUCGACCUGCGCGUGACGUCAGCCCAUAAAGCGACUGAAGAGACCCUUCGUAUCAUGCAGCGCUAUGAAGACACGCAUGGAGCGCUCGUCUUCAUAGCGGUGGCUGGUCGUUCUAACGGCCUGGGACCGGUCUUAUCUGGCAAUACUUCCUAUCCUGUUAUCAACUGCCCGCCGCCGUCUGAUAAACUUGUCCAGGACAUCUGGUCUUCCCUGUCUGUGCCUUCCGGUCUGGGCUGUGCGACGGUCAUCUACCCAGACAGCGCUGCUCUUAUGGCGGCUCAAAUAAUCGGUCUUCAGGACUACCUCGUGUGGGCGCGUCUUAGAGCGAAGCAGCUCGAUAUGGCAACAUCUCUUAGGGUUGCCGACAAGAAGAUCCGCAACCUAUAA